AUGGACGGCGAGGUGCGCACGCGACGGUACGCGGACGUAAAUAUCGUGACAUUUGCGACGCAUCUGCUGCCACGAAACCGUCGCCAACGCACUUUCGAAAUACUCACUACUUUAGGUCUAACGAGACAGACAAUCGAUCGAGCCGACGAGUCCUCAUCGCUGCUGCUCUCUAGACAGUCAGACAGAGAUGGCGAGCGCUGUGGCGGCCAUGAUUUCGGAGCCUUCUCAGAGUUGGGCGAGGGUAAAACCAGCGGUGGUGGCAACCAUGUACCCUGGCCGCGCCACCACGACACCAGUGCCGGCGCAACACCCACUACCAUUGCCAGCCCCAACCGUACCAUAAUGCCGAGUGACAGUACCAGACAACACACGGAACAAUAA